UGUCUCAAAUGGUUUUGACAAGCCAUACAAAUAUUUUAAAUCAAGUGCCAAGUUAUUAACAGUUUCCGUUCAGGCACAUAAGGAAAAUGGAUCACAAAAACCGUUAAAUUGGAAUGAAGCAAAACCCUAUUCAGAAAUCCCAGGACCUAAAUCGUUUUGGGAAGGAGUGCGAAAUAUGCUUCCUGGAGGAAAAUUUUACAAAAAAUCAUUAAAGGACAUGCAUGUUAUAUUAAAACAAGAAUAUGGAGAUAUUACUAUUCUGAAAGCAUUUUUGGGGCAACCUGACAUAGUGAUGUUAUUCAAUCCGCAAGAUUUUGAACAAGUUUACAGAAAUGAAGGUCAGUGGCCUCACAGAAGGGAUUUUGAAACUUUUGUACAUUUUAGAAAAAAAUUGCGAACUGAUAUUUAUGGAGAGAAUGCAGGUUUGUUGGCAGAACAGGGUGAGAGAUGGAAAGAUUUAAGAACCAAGGUGAACCCAGUCAUGAUGCAACCAAGAAAUAUUAAACAAUAUAUUGCUCCUGUAGAAGAAGUUACUGACGAAUUUAUAGCUAGAAUGAACCACUUACGUGAUUCAAACAACGAAAUGCCAAAAGAUUUCAGUCAUGAAUUGAAUAAAUGGUCACUGGAGUCUAUUACACGAAUCGCCUUAGAUACCAGAUUAGGUUGUCUGCAAGAUGAUUCACGUGUCGAUGAGGAUUCUAAAAAAAUGAUACAAGCUGUACAUGAUUUCUUCGAUUUAAUAUUCCAAUUAGAAAUUCUUCCAUCGAUAUGGAAAUACGUUAGAACUCCAGCUUAUCACAGGUUGAUGAGAGCCUUAGAUACCAUGACCAAUGUUUCAUUGAAAAAAGUUGACGCUGCAAUAGAACGGAUUAACACAUCUCAAGAUUCAAAAUCUGAACAUGAAGCAAGUGUUUUGGAGAAACUUCUGAAAAUUGAUCGUAAUGUUGCUAUAAUUAUGGCAAUGGAUAUGUUAUUAGCAGGAGUUGAUACCACAUCUUACACUGCAGCUAUACUAUUGUAUCACUUAGCAGUUAACCAGGAGUGUCAAGAAAAAUUAAGAAAAGAGAUCUUCACAAUUCUACCUCAAAAAGAUGCUAAGUUAAACCAGGAAUCGUUCAAUCAUAUACCUUAUUUGAGAGCUUGUAUGAAAGAAUCACAUAGAGUUUUGCCAAUUGCUGGAGGAACUGUAAGAAGAUUACCUGUUGAUCUUGUCUUAUGUGGAUACCAAGUUCCAAAAGGGAGCGAAGUCGUUAUGAGUCACCUUUUGGCGACUAUGGAAGAAAAUCAAUAUACAGAUUCAACAAAAUAUAUUCCAGAACGAUGGUUGAAUGAAAAAAAUGCUCCUCAAUGUCCUUCAGCCAAGGAAGCUCAUCCUUUCGCUUAUAUGCCCUUUGGGUUUGGUCCUAGAAGUUGCGUUGGAAGACGUUUUGCAGAAUUGGAAAUCGAAACGUUUAUUGUUAAAUUAUUGAGAAAUUACAAAAUCGAAUGGAAUUAUGGAGAGAUGAAAACAAAAAGCCAAAUACUUACGAUUCCUGUGUCACCGUUACGAUUUAAAAUGACAGAAUUGUGAAUUAAAAAUACUAUUAUAAAUGCUUCAA